AUGCCGCGCACGAUCCUCAUCACAGGAGCUAAUCGAGGAAUCGGUUUCAGCGUCGUCCAAGGAUUAGCGCUGCAAAAAUUGGACGACCAGCUCGUUCUUGCUGCUCGUUCCAUUGACAAAGCCAACGGUGCGAUAGCGGAGUUGCGCAAGCUCGGACUCACGUCAGACAUCCAUAGCUUGGCUCUCGACGUCACGGAUGAUGUCAGCAUCAGAGCUGCAGAACAGACAGUUCGUGGGCGAUAUGGAAAGCUUGACAUCUUAAUCAACAACGCGGGCAUAGCCAUCAUCCCGUUCCCCGGAGAAAUCGACAACCUGCGUUCGAUUUACAAUGCGAUCUAUGACACCAACGUAUCCGGAGUCGCUGUAUUCACCUCCGUGUUUCUGCCGCUUCUCGCGCUAUCGCCAGACCCGCGCGUGAUCAACGUCUCAUCUGGCCGCGCAUCGAUCGAACUUGCCAUGUCAGGCAAACUCCCUCCCACAGGGAGCAUCCCAUACAGCACCUCGAAGACUGCGCUAAACGUACUCACCAUAGAGUACCAGAAGCUGCAUCCGAACGUGCUCUUUCAGACCAUAGACCCGGGAUACUGUAAGACUGGGAUGAACGGCUAUCGGGGACCUCGAGAUCCAUUGGAUGGAGCCAGUGUGAUCGUAAAGUUGGCGAAUGCAGCGAGGGACAAGUACAAAAGUAGAUUUUGGGCCAUGGAUAACGGUGCCGAAGAAUGUUCCACUGUGCCUUGGUAG